CUCACUCCUCGGCCUGUAGUCUUUCAGGCGCUGGAAGGUUGUCCGCUGCUCUUCUCUUCCAACAACCCGAUUUACGCCCGAAAAAACCCUGCGGAGCGACGCGUUUCGCACUUUAUCCGCGUAAAGAAAAGCCCCCGCGACACACUGUUGCAGAUGUGUGGUCGGCCGAGCUCUUCGUCUCUACCUCCAGGUCUCCUCCGCCUCUGCGUCGCAUGAUCUCACCAGACCGCGGGCCCUCUGCCUCCCUCCCCUCCCCUCUCCACACCACCGCCGCCACCUCCACUGCUCAUUUUAAACCCGCUCAAACCCCACCCACCCCCCUGCCUCCUCCCCUGGACACAGACACCUCCACCUUCGCCAGGGGAGGUGUUCGGACGCGACGCACGCCGUUCAGAUCCUCACCUUUCUGAAGUUUCCUGGCCGUGUUCGCGUCCGGUUUUCGCGCCGGCGGAGGGAUACGCAUCGAAACUGGGGCGUGAUUCGUGGGAUGCGACGAUGACGGAGGUGGUGGAGCCCCGGGCGGUGAACUCGGACUACGCUGUGUCACUCCUGGAGCAGCUGAAGUUCUUCUACGAGCAGAAGUUGCUCACAGAUGUGGUCCUGCUGGUGGAGGACUCAGAGUUCCCCUGUCACAAGAUGGUGCUGGCCACGUGCAGCUCCUACUUCAGAGCGAUGUUCAUGAGCGGCCUGAGUGAGAGUAAACAGACUCACGUCCACCUGAGGAACGUGGACCCAGUGACUCUUCAGAUCAUCAUCACGUACGCCUACACCGGGAACCUGGCCAUAACCGACAGCACCGUGGAGCCGCUGUACGAGACCGCCUGCUUUCUACAGGUGGAGGACGUUCUGCUCCAGUGUCGCGAUUACCUGGUGAAGAAAAUCAACGCCGAGAACUGCGUGCGGAUGCUGAGUUUCGGGGACCUCUUCAGCUGCAGCGAACUGAAACAGAGCGCCAAACGAAUGGUCGAACACAAAUUCCCCCUGGUUUACCGCCAAGACUCGUUUUUACAACUGUCCCACGAACUCCUCAUCGACAUCCUGAGCAGCGACAACCUCAACGUGGAGAAGGAGGAGACGGUUCGCGAGGCGGCCAUGCUGUGGUUAGAGUACAACAUGGACGCGCGGUCGCAGCACUUGUCGUCGGUUUUGAGUCAAAUCCGCAUCGACGCGUUGUCCGAGGUCACACAGAGAGCGUGGUUUCAAGGUUUACCGCCCAACGAUAAAUCCGUGGUGGUCCAAGGUUUGUACAAGUCGAUGCCGAAGUUUUUCAAACCACGCCUGGGAAUGACCAAAGAGGAAAUGCUGAUUUUCAUGGAAGCUUUGUCCGAAACGCAAAGCGAAGCGAUCGUCAUGUCCAAUCUGAUCCCCACCACGGUCGUCUGCUACAGCCCGCAAGCAGAGAAGGUCUACAAGCUUUGCAACCCGCCUGGAAAACUACAGAAAGUCGGGACAGUAGUGACGCCGGAUAACGACAUUUUCAUCGCCGGCGGUCAAAUCCCGCUCAACAACUCCAUCACGAAUUACGGGAAAAGCGGGAAACUCCAAGCCGCUUUCCAUUCGGUCAAUAGCUUCUUCUGGUUCGACGCGCAGCAGAACGAAUGGGCUCCCAAGACGCCGAUGCUGUGCGCCAGAAUAAAACCGUCGCUGGUGUACUGCGACGGCUGCAUUUACGCGAUCGGCGGCGACAACGUCAGCGGCGAUCUGAACAAGCGGACCGUGGAGAGGUACGAUUGCGAGAAAGACGACUGGACGAUGGUGAGCCCGCUGCCCUUAGCGUGGAACUGGAGCACGUCCGUCGUCGCCAACGAUUGCAUCUACGUCAUGACGCACGAUUUGAUGUACUGCUACUUCCCCAGAGCGGACACGUGGGUGGAGAUGGCGAUGAGGAAAACCAGCCGCUGUUUCGCCUCCGCCGCGGCUUUCGGCGACUUGAUUUUCUACAUCGGCGGGCUCCACGUCGUCAGCAACUCCGGUAUCCGUUUGCCGACCAGCACCAUUGACGGUUCGUCGGUCACCGUCGAGAUCUACGACAUCAACAAGAACGAGUGGAGGCUCGCCGCGAACAUACCCGCGAAGCGCUACUCCGACCCGUGCGUCCGAGCUGUGGUUUUGCUAAAUUCGCUUUGUAUUUUCAUGCGGGAGACUCACAUGAACGAACGGGCGAAGUACGCGAUCUACCAGUACGACGUGGAGCUGGACCGCUGGUUUCUACGGCAGCCCGUGUCCGAGCGCGUGCUGUGGGACUUGGGGAAGGACUUCCGUUGCGCGGUGGGAAAGCUGUACCCCUCGUGCUUGGCGGAAUCGACCUGGAAACCGCCGACGUACCUGUUCUCACCGGACGGCGCCGAGGAGUUCGAAGUGGACGGGGAGUUGGUGUCUCUGCCUCAGUACAACUCGUAAUUUCGCGUAAAAAAAAAACCAACAAAAAAACGACGGAAGAUUUUUUUUGCUUCGGGGCGAUAUUUUUGGGACUUUUUCGGAAGCCAAACUAAACCAAGCAAGUUCGCGGUCCUUCCUUCGAGUAUUUAGUGUCAUCAGAACUGUUCAAUCUGGACUUUUUGUGGUGGAGAUGCACUUAAAAAUGGUUGUAUUGAAAAAAACUGUAAAAACUGAACCAAAACCUACGCCCGAAAUGGAAAAAAAACAAACCCAAAAUUCAUCUGUAACUGUGGCUUCUCUCUUUAACUCAUUCACCUGCUCUGCUCUUAAGACGUUGCAUUAGUCUAGACGUAAAUGGACCUAUUUGAAUGGUUUCCAAUGCAAAUAAACACGAUAUUGCUGCUGAAAAUACGUUAGAUUUUCAAUAGAUGUUUACGAAAAAAAUCUAAAUGUUUGAGCUUCUGUAGCAUUUUAACAUUUGACAGAAAACUGAAAUACGAACUGCAAAAAUAAUCCAAGAAUCCAACGCGUUUGUAGAGGUCAAAACUUCGGGGUUAGCAGCUUUUAUUCUAAAUAUAUGACGUAAAAAUAAAUAAAAAUAAAACAAAAUAGUUGAAGUGUUAAAAAGGGCCUGUACCAGAUUUUUCUUCCGUGUAUUUGCGCUAAACGUGCGUCGCCCCAGUACAAAUAUAACCUCGUGGGUCAGAAUACGUCCGCUGUGUACUUGUACCGUCUGCAUCUAAAUUACGAAGCGUUUUUAAUCGUCCGAGAAACGGGAUGUGCGCCGUCAGCAUGCUAGUCGUCGUCAGCAAACCUCCGCUUCGGUCUCCGAAAGUCGUGAAAAGCGCUUAAAAUUUCAUCGUGGUGAAUAUUUAAGAUGUUCUGAACGCGUGAGGAAAGUGAGGAGGAACUGUUUUUCACGUUUUUUUUAUGUUUUUUUUUUUUUAACACAUUAAAAAUCAGGUACAGCGCCUUUAAUUACGGUCACUUGUCACGUUUACAUGAGCUUUAAUUCCAAAUAAAAAUAAUGUAAUUCUGCUUUAAAACGACCAUGUAAACACUUAAUUCCUAAUGAAAAUGAUUGUUUCGGAAUUCAACUUGAUUCCGAAGUAAGUGGGUGGUUUAUUUCGAUUUUUAAAGCCGAAUUAAUUUAUUCCUCGACGUAAACCAGGGGUGUCCAAACUUUUUUCAUCAAGGGCCACAGAUCUAAGGGCUGAUAUAGUGAAUACCGUAUUUUCCGCACUAUUAGGCGCUCUGGAUUUUAAGUCAUUAAAUGGUCUAUUUUCGAACAUUUUUCACAAAUAAAUCACACCGGACUUUAAACACAAACACAACAGUUAAAUGGGUGAGUGGGACUUUGUUUGGCGUGUUCACGGUGACUCUGGGAUUCGUUCAGUUGGGUCUAAAAGCGGCACAUUGCACUCGCUUUUUUUUUUUUUCGGUUCGUUUCUCCGUUCCUUGUCGGUGUGGGUGUUUUUCUCUGCACUCUGGUCGUUUUAUGUUGCGGUUGGAGGAUUUUGAGUGCGUCCUAUAGCGCGGAAAAUACGGUAAUUGAACUAUGUGCAUGUUUUAACACGUUAGAAUGAGCCAUCGUCUUUAUUCGUGGUAAGAUCCUUAAAACCGCACACUAAAUAUUAAUUAUUCGCUUUAACAAGGUAGAUUUUCAAAAAACAUUUUAAUUGAUGCAAGGUCGUUUGGGCCAAUUCACCUGGAAGUCUGAGGGCCGAGAAAAAUUCAGUUUGGACAUGCCUGAUGUAAACGUUUAUUCUUUUUCAAAAUAAUUCCGGUCGUUCAGUUCGUGCUCGUUGGGUCGUCCUUCGAUCCGGCUCCACCAGUCCCGUCUUCGGACUUUCCUCCACGUCUCUUUGGAUUUAUGAGCCACCGCUGCAGGAAAAGUUUGGGUCAUGUUUGGAAGAUAAUUGUUCGUUCAGAUUUUGAAUUUUAAAUACCGCUAAAUUUUUCAGUUUGGAAUUUUUAACUCUGAGAAAAAAAGUCUGAAUUAUUUUUAUUCUGAAUUUGAGUUGCUGAAAUUUUAAGUGUACUUUUUCAACAUUCAGAGUGUAAAAUUUCACACAACAAAGAUCCAAGAGGCAAAGCAGAAGAAGCGAUCGAUCCUGCGCGAGCGAGGAGUCCAGAGGCCGUUUCCUAUUGGCCGCUCUCAUUUGUGGGCGGGGCUUAAACUUGAGAAACCAAAGAGAUAAGGUUUUGCUGAGGCGAAUUCUGACCAAUCAGAUCGCUUCACUGCACCAUUUCCUGCUUGUUACUACGUUAGAUCGCAUCAUUUUGGAUCGAUUGCUUCUGAAUUUAUUUUUUUUAAUUGCGAAUUUUACGCUCUGAAUUUUGACUGUUGAAUUUGAGAAAAUAUUUGUGCUGAAUAUUUAAAAGGUGCCUUUUUAAUUUUGAACACUUAAAAUGUACACAGCAACUAAAAUUCUGAAUAAAAAUAAUUCAAGCAUCUUUUUUCAGAGUUAAAAAAUUCAACAGCAUUUAAAACUCAAAAUCUGAUGAAAUAAAUUAUUAAAUAAAUUAUCUUCCAUCAUCGUGUUUGUGUUCAUGGAGGAACGACAAACCGAGAUAACGGAAAAGCCGGUAGCAGCUGGUAGAAGUUUG